UUAGGAUUUAGAAAAAUACAAUUACUAAUUUUCUAACAAUGAAUAAUUCAUAGAAUCCCAGUAUUAAAUAUCCAAAUAAUUCUCAAUAUUGACGCUGAAAUUACUGAUUACUAAAGUAUCAAAAAAAAUAAUGAACAAUAUUAUUAAUUUUUUAAAUAACGAGUAAUUAAAAAUCUAAAAUUUUUAUUUUGCCGAUCACUGGGAGGCACACAUGCGUCGAUGCUCUUGAAGAACGCAAACGUAAUCGCUGGAAUAUUAUCAUGUUGCCCAAAUCUCUAUAUGAAACAGUUUUUCGAAGACACAAAAGUUCCAGUUUGUAUUAUUGAUGAUGCACAACGAUCUAGAGAAGUAGAUACUUGCACUCCUCUGGCGCUUGGAGUGAGAACGUUAUUCCUUGUCGGUGAUUCACAGCAAUUUUCUCCAAAGAAAUAUUCUGAGGAAGUAUGUGAUAACAAUUUGGGACAAUCGCUAUUUUGGAGAGCUCAAAAAAAAUUUGAAAAGGAAAAAAAUAACCCGAUUAUGACACUAGAAGACCAAUAUCGAAUGGCAGAUGCAAUCGCAGAAUGGCCCAAUAAGUUUUUCUACAAGGGUACAUUAAAAAAUUGCGCUUCCGUUCGACCUCUGGGUUUCUACAACUACAGAGUACUCAAUCACUCGUCUCCUGAAGAAGAAGGAGGCUACGUUAAUAUUGGAGAGGCUAAAUUAGUAGUCAAUAUUGCCUACACUCUAAUGACUCAAGCAAAAUUAGAUAUUUUGAGUUCUAAAAUAGAUAUAGGCAUCAUUGCAUACUCCGAUUUACAGCGUGAUUUAAUAAUAGAGAUGCUGGAUGAAAGGACAUCUGAUAUUUGUAACGAUCGUAAAGAUAAAUUUCAGUUGACUGUAGUGAACAUGGGAGACGCGUUCCAAGGAUCAGCCUGUGAUAUUAUCAUCCUGUCUUGUGUCCGCAGUCUAGAACCUAAAUUUAUUGAUAAUCCAAAUCGACUAUGUGUCAGUUUAACCCGUGCAAAACAUACGCUCAUUAUUUGUGGCAACUUUGCUGAAUACAACCAAAAUGCUAUGUGGGACUCUCUUAUUAAAGACUCGCAAAUACGCAGUGCUUAUUUUACCGUUGAUCAUAAUGAUGAACCGAGUACACUUAAGCAUUAUCUAAUUUCUGAUAUUUAGACAAAAGAAUUUUUUUCUUUUAAUGUACAUAAGUUUUCCGUUAAACUUUUUUUAAAGUAUAAUAAAAAUAAGGAAUAUAUGCAUAUAUCAUGUUUAUUUCAUGUUAUCAGUGUCAUGAAAUAUUAUUAUCAUUACCAUAUAACAACCGAGGCUCGACAAAAACAAAAUGAAUCAUAGAAUGUGUUACGGUGACGUAGAUCAAUGGAAUGAGAUAUUAACUAUAUUGUUUUUUCUCUCUCUUUUUCGUAUUAAAUAUUAUAAUAUUAAGCUAAAAGAAAAAUAAUUUUUCAACUCCGUUAGUCAUUGUGCAAUUCUAUGGUACAGUUUAAAGCUUUGGAAAUAUUUAUUAUUGUCAACUGUCAUACUAAAAAAAAUAUAAAUAAAGAUUAAUAUUAAUACCAAUAUCAUACACUUAUAGAUAGAUUGUAGUUAUUUUCCUAAUAAAUAUACCGAGCAGCUGCGG